UGAAACCAUUAUUGAGACACCACCCAGAAUCCCAAAAAAAUAGAUAGAAAGCUCCGCCACUUUCCUCCUUAAAGGGAACAAAACUAAAUCAAGUCACCACUCACCAAGAGAUUAUACACAAAAAUAAAAAGUACACACACACACACAUACACAUAGAUAUAAAACAACAACAAAUAACAACAAUGAGCUUUCGUUAGAAUAUUUGUUCUGUUUAAUUCUUGGGUUUGAGGAGGAAUUUGUUGGAAGUUCAGAAGCAUCAGAUGGCUUGGAGAAAGUCGAACUGGUGGAGGCUGAGGUUGAUUGAAGUUGUUUUCCUUUUUGUGGCUGCAGUAUUUGUUUCGGCACAAGAACGUUUUGAGCAACAAUCUUCAAGUUGGAAUAAUGGAGAAAAGGAUGAACCUGAAUACAUGAUCAGAGCGUCCAAAUCGCUUUCACAUCCCGGUGGAGCGGUUUACAAGUAUGACUGGCCUGACAUGCGAUUGGAUGGAAAAUCGUGGUCGGUACAUUUAUUGGAUUCCUUGGGGCAGCGUUGGUAGUUUUGGAGGUGUUGGAGCGGGUGGUUUUUUUGUUCCGAUGCUCACCCUGAUUAUCGGCUUUGAUCAGAAAUCAUCAGCAGCUAUAUCAAAAUUUAUGAUCACAGGGGGAGCAGCAGCGACUGUCUUGUACAAUUUAAGGCUAAGGCAUCCCACACUUGAGUUGCCCCUCAUCGACUAUGUUCUCGCACUUCUGUUGCAACCAAUGUUGGUGUUAGAGAUCAGCAUUGGAGUUUCUUUGAAUGUUGUACUAUCUGAAUGGAUGAUCACCACCAUACUUAUUGUUGUACUCUUAGACAUUGCCAGUGAAGACAUCGAAGGCAGGAAUAUUCAUGGAGGCGCUGGCAACAACAGACCAGAAAUUAAGGAGGUUUCUGUUCUUCGUAAUGUUUACUGGAAGCAACUUGGAGUUAUUUUUACUGUCUGGAUCUUAAUACUUGGAUUGCAGAUUGGCAAGGAUUUUACCUAG